AUGAAAUUUUCUACUAUUGCUUGUCUUUCUACCUUAGUGACUUCCAUCUUUGCAGCCCCAGUGGAAACAGUGCAAAAUGAUACACUUACCAUCCCAACAGAAGCUAUCAUUAAUUAUUUAGACUUAGAAGGUGCUAAAGAUAUUGCAAUUCUACCAAUGUCAAAUGCUACUGAGAGUGGUAUUUUAUUUUUAAAUACCACUAUUUUAGAUCAAGCAUUGACUACAAAAAAUGAAUCAGCUUCUUUAUCUAAGAGAGAUGCUGAUGCUUGGCACUGGAUAAGAUUGGCUUGGGGUCAACCAAUCUACAAAAGAGAUGCCAUGCCAGAAGCUAAUGCUGAUGCAGACGCUUGGCACUGGAUAAGAUUGGCUUGGGGUCAACCAAUCUACAAAAGAGAUGCCAUGCCAGAAGCUAAUGCUGAUGCAGACGCUUGGCAUUGGAUUAAAUUAGCUUGGGGUCAACCAAUCUAUUGA